GCGUUUUAUUGGAAUACGAAAGAUAGUACGCACGGAACAGUUGUAAAAGACGCUGCAUUGUUGUUUUUCAAUCACUUGAAGUUGACGAAUUACUGUACAUAUAUAGAUCUAGAUCUAAUUGUUAGCAGUUAUUUUGAUGAUGCAAGAUGUCGUGGUUGUCGGGACUGACUGGGAAAGCUGAGGAUUUCCUGAACAAGUUGGACCAGUCUGCAGCCCAAGCUCUGGUUAAGACUGAGGAGGAUGCACGACUAAACGCAUCCCUUCCUGUCACGUCUGACACGCAGGCCUCCACGCCACACUCUCUGUCAACAAGACAAUUACCACAGACAGGCUCCCAGAGUGUUCCUGCCAAGUCAACGAGGACUAGUGGUGAUUUUUCUUCAUAUGGUGUCAGCACACCAGUAAAACCUAGCAAACUGCAGAUCAGUGGAGCUCCAAAAAGUGUGAAGCCUAAACCGUCAGAGACUAUCGUCAAACAGACAAAUCCAGAAACAUCUGUAAGUCAAGAUGGGGCAUCCAAGAAAAAAAUGGACACGGAUGCUGCCUUGUUUGAUUUUUUGAACAGUUCUGAACCAUUAGAAGCAAAAAAGAAGACCACACCAGCCAGUAGUGCUAGACAUUCUAGACAGUCAAGUACAUCUUCAGUGUUGUCGAAUAAGGGAGGGAAAGUUAUACAAGAAAGUGACACUCCUGUCUCUACUAGUGGAUCCUCUAUAGUGCACAUAGAAUCUCUACCUUCAGGCUCAGAUCAUGGAGAUGGUAGUCCAACAGAGUUAGAUGGCAACACUGAUGUGGCAGCCCUGGAAGAUGCUAUGUUGGAACAGAGUCCUAGCAACAGUGUACAUAGCAACCAGGAAGUAGAACCACACGGAGAGCUAGAGCAGAAAGUCUCAUCAUUAGAACUGGAAAAUAAACUUCUGAAAAAUGAAGUGGCAUCGUUAAACCAGGAAAUGUCUACAGUUCUUCAGAGGUCCAAAGAUGCAAAAAAUGAAGCGGAGCUAAUGAGGAAGAAAAUGGAUGGUUACCAGAGGAACCAAUCGCAGUCGGACCAGUUUGUAAGGGAGCUACAGUCCAGGGAGUCGGAUUUGAUGGAGGCUAUACAAGCCAAGGACUCUCAACUCGGAGUGCUCCGGAUCCGUUUGGAGGAGGCAGACAAAGAGGUCGAAUCCAAACAACAAACUGUCUCUGAUUUGCAGAAGGAGAGGGGGAGAAUAUUAAGGGACCACACUGAUUCUAGUGGAGUACAUAGUCAAGCUCUGGAUUCACUCCAAGCGAAACUGUCAGAAGUAGAGGCUGCGCUACAAAGAGAACAAGGUGCUCUCAAACAAGUGCAGCAAGAAGCGUCGGAUCGACAGAGUCGACUGGAGGAGGAACAGAGGACUUUAGCUGAUGCCUUAACAGCUGCAGACAGAAGGGCAACAGAGGAAAAAGGUAAGGCUAGUGAUCUUGCCAAUCAGCUGAUAGCAGCCAAGCAGAAUGCAGAGAGCACUAAACAAGAGUUGGCUGACUAUAAAGAGAAGGCAGCAAGGAUUUUACAGUCCAAGGAGAGACUAAUUGCCAGUCUGAGGGAGGGAUCAGGGGCCUCAGGGGAAUCUGCGGGUGUGUCUAGUCUGGAGUAUGACUCAGUAAAGCAGGAACGAGACAUGUUUAAGGAGGAACUACAGCAGUACAAGAUCACCAUUGAGAACAUGAGGAUGGAGCUCUUGGAUAUGGAGACCCAGCUUCAGCAUGACAAUGACACUGCUAAUGAACAGAUCCGAUCGAUGGAAGACAAUGUCCGCAGCGAGAAGCAGAGGAGGGAGGAUGCAGAACAGGAACUUUUAAAACAGAAACAGGAGCUUCAGUACAACAUUGAGGAAUUGAGGAAAACCAAGAUGUCUUACCAGACUUGUAUAAAAGACAGAGAGACGGAGAUAGAGAAACUCAGAAAUCAGAUAAUGACGAAGUCCAUGAGCUCGUCUACCGAGAAUGAGCUGGAGGCUCGAGUGAAAACUCUGACAGAGAGUCUGAUUCAAAAGCAGACAACUCUAGAGACAUUGAGCACUCAGAAAAACUCACUGGCCUUACAGCUGGAGAGACUUGAGCAACAGUAUAAGGAUGUCCAGUCAUCUUCAUUGAGGACAAACACAACUGUUGUCAAUGUACAUGAUGAUGAGGAAGUGCGACAGAGAUACCCUGGCUUUAUGAGGGAGACUGCAACAGAUCAUGAAGUCACCAAGAAAAUGAAAAGGGCUGCCAAUGUCAUUGACAAAUUCAGCAUAAGACUUGGAGUGUUUCUCCGAAGAUAUCCCAUAGCCAGAGUGUUUAUCCUCAUGUACAUGGUGUUGCUUCACCUGUGGGUGAUGGUUGUACUUCUGACAUAUCAACCAGAAAUGCAUGGUCCAGGGAACCAUGUCCAGCCUGAGCCACCUGCAUAGUAGCCACUGGUCACUGGGCAAAUUUCAUCAUUUCAGCUGUGAUAACAUUUCUCUGUACAUUCAUGCAUGAACAGACAUUGCAAAGAAUUAUUGAUAUAUAGUUCAAGUUCACUAUAGUUUGCUGUCAAUACAAGAUGCAUUUUUAGACUUUAAGGUAAAAUACUGAAGAAAGCAUUUCCUUGUACAUUAGUGUCUACAGAGGCACAGUGGAAGAUCUGCAACAAAAGAAAAACAGAAGGUAGACAGAACUAAUUAAACUUAUCAAAACUUCCAUGAUUAUCGUACAUCUUGAAAAGAGUCGGAGGGGAUAUAUAAACUGUAGAUUUAGUAACACGAUGGUUUGAGUGAGUGCAUAAUGCUGAUAUAAAAUGGAUUGAAAUACAAGGUAUGCCCAGUUAUGAAGGGAUGCAUCACACUGCGAUGCUCUUUUUUCAUUACCUGCCAAGCUGUUAAAUGUGUACAUGUAUAAGUAUAUCGCUCCUGUUAAAACAAAACUUCACCAUAAUUUCUCUUGUUUUUGUACGUUAUGCUGUACAUGCUUUUACUAUUCACAAUUCAUGUAACCAAGCAAUCAGAUUGUCCAAUAUUUUCAUGCCCUAGAGAUCGAAGAUCAGAGAGCAUGUUAAUUUUAGUCCAUUGUCUGUCCACAUGUUUAACCUUAUCAUUUGAAUUAUGCAAGAGGGAUUCAUACAUGGUAGAUUAAAGGGCCAUUUCAUUUCUCUUCUGAACAGCCACUUGUGACAGGGUUAAUGGAUUCAAACAGUUUUCCAUUAAAUUGUUUUUUUUGUGAUGUUUUAAUUGUAAUAUACAUGGCAUAUGAAGGAGUAACUGUUCAAUUUUUGCCAUUCGUUUAGAGGUGCAUUUAUGUAAAAAAAAAAUAUAUAUAUAUAUAUAUAUAAUUUAUUGUGCUAUACAUAUUUUUUGUGUUCAUGAAAAUUUUACAUGUACAUGAAGUAGACUUUUAUGUUAUGGAAUUAUUUUCAUCAUAUAAAAAACAUGUACUUGUAGAAUGCCUUGGAGUGGUCAAAAAUAUUUGUGGUGUGUAUGCAUGUACAUGUAGAUCUGAGAAAGUAAUGUCCUUGCUGAAACGAAACAAAGAAAGUUCAGUCUGAAGUAGAGAAUGUACCUGCACGACAACAGAUUGCAGCACAAGAGCUUUUCAUUAAAUUUCUGAAUAAAUGUUGUAUGAAUUGGAACAUUUCUAUACCAUUACACAUGUAUUUUAUUGAUAGUAGGGAUCAAUGGUCAAGUUUUUACUACGUGUAAAGAAAUAUUUCUUGAUGAACUCCUGUGAUAGAAGUUGCUUCAUAGCAAUUUUUACAAUGCAUUGCAAAAAAAAGGGAACUAAAAUUGUUGUGCACUUUGUUUAUAUGGUAAUGAACUUAAUGCAUUAAAACAUAUAAAUGGUG